AUGUUUAUCGUGGCAUGCUUUAAUUUUCCGAACGGAGAUAAGAGUCAAGCUCUCUCGGCAGAACACGGAAAAACGAAAUUCCCGCCAGCGAGCCGAUUUUGUAUAAUAUUGACAAUGUCUGCUACUCUUUUGCGUAACUCCACUGCGCGCGCAGCUUUGCGUGCUGGAGCUUCGGCUCCUCGUGCUGGUCUUGCUGGAACGAGCUUUGUUCGCACCAAAGUUACUCUUCCUGAUCUGGCAUAUGACUAUGGCGCCCUCGAACCAUCCGUCUCUGGCAAGAUCAUGGAAAUCCACCACAAGGGCCACCACAACGUCUACGUAGCCGGCUACAACACCAACAUCGAAAAACUGGAGGAAGCGCAGGCCAAGGGCGACAUCGCAGCCCAAAUCGCCCUUAAGCCGCUCAUCAACUUCCACGGUGGUGGCCACAUCAACCAUUCCCUGUUCUGGGAAAAUUUGGCUCCUAAGAGUGCCGGUGGUGGUGAACCCCCCUCUGGCGUGCUUGGUAAGGCCAUUGAUGAGACGUACGGUAGCUUUGGGGAGUUUCAGAAUAAGUUCAAUACUGCUCUGGCGGGCAUUCAAGGCAGUGGUUGGGCGUGGUUGGUGAAGGAUAAGGAGACCGGUGAUAUUUCGAUCAAGACUUAUGCCAACCAGGACCCUGUCGUUGGCCAAUACACCCCUCUUCUCGGUGUCGAUGCCUGGGAGCACGCUUACUACCUCCAAUACCAGAACCGCAAGGCCGAGUACUUCAAGGCUAUCUGGGAAGUCCUUAACUGGAAGGCCGCUGAGAAGCGUUUCGGUGCUUAA